AUGUCGUCAGACGUUGUGUGGUAAGCGAUGCGACGCGUGUUCUAUUUUCCAGCUGUCUUAGGUGAACUCAACUGGAAUAUAUGUCCCGGGAAAGAUCGAAUUGUACCUCAAACGCGCCGUCUUCUCCGUGAGAUUUCCAAACGAACUGAAGCUUCCAAUUCUUGUCGAAUCUCGGAAACCGGACAUUAGCAUUCGCCUGCCGAUUGAAAACCAAGAGUUCCUGCUGGCCGGUGUCGUGCAAACAAUCAGCAUCAUCGUGCAGUUGAACGACGCUUUGACGGAAACGUGUCGCGAGAUGGCCAUAUUCGUUGAGUCACUGGACGCUGCGUUGAUGCUCCUCGUAACAGAAGGUAUGGUACCGUCAGACGAGUGUUUCGUUCAUGCUAUUCAGGAUGAGGAGGAGAAAACUGGCGACGGUAGCCGAAACGUUCGAAAUCUGCGACGCACACUGACCAAAGACGGCCCACAUGCGGCCUGCUGCAGUCUGUCCGUGUUCUGCCUACUGACCGAUCAAGGCGGCAAGGAGGCGACGCAGAUUCGCAUCACUUUCGAUGACGUUGCGUCGAAGUUCGUCGUUCCUGUGAAACCGGCGUUUUCGUGGGUGGCAAAGCGAGCGAUCAUCGGUUGCCAGUACCGUCUGCUGAUGGUAACGAUCACGAACGUUUGUUGCUACGAAAUUAACAUAGACACGGUCAGCCUGAAGGCUGUUUUGCCCGAGUCUGCAGAGACGUCUCCCAUGUUGCUCAACAAGGUCCUGAAGCCUUUACAACACAACUGUCCGCAGGUACUGCUGUGGAAGACGUUCGGCUGCUCUGGAACCACUUACGUCCUAACCUUCAACUACUGGCUGUCGACUGGUAACGAAGUGUACAGUUACGAGUCAAAAGUGGUCACCGAUGUUCAUGCGACGAUCGAAGCGUGUUGUCAAGUGACGUCACAGUCGAUUGUUUGCCGAGUGAACAGCCCUUGCGAUUUCGUUGUCUCAUUAAAAACCGAGGAACUAUUGCUACGCUCAGCCGAGCUACGCGUUGAACUUGUGGCGGACGAGGACCACUGGACCUGUCUCGAAAACCCGCCGAAACUGACUGUUCGUCUGAAGGAGAACGGCCUCGGACAGGCGACGUUCCGGAUGAUGCCCAUUCGUUCCGGCUACCUGGUCAUUCCGUCCGUCAAUGUAUCAUUGGUUGAUCGCAGCGCCGCCCUCGGCACUUGUCAAGUGUACGUACGAUCCGUCGCCAAACAGGUUCACGUGUUGGCUCCGCUGAUGAAGGGCGUCGAUGUCAAAAGGAGGACGUAG